AUGGGGCAUAGCUCGAAGAAGAAGAAAAAGAAAGGAAGCGGGAGUGGGCGGCGGAACAAAGAUCACUCCUCAGCUGCCUUCGAUGGCAACGAGCUUCUCGCCGAGGAGAUUACCGCCUUGAGUGCAAUUUUCCAGGAAGAUUGCAAGAUUGUGCCCGGAUCACCUAGUCAGAUCAUUAUAAAAAUCAGGCCUCAUUCUAAAGAUAUGGGCUUUGAGGAUUUAGACAUCUCAGUUCAGCUCUCAGUCAGAUGUUUACCGGGAUAUCCUUACAAGUGCCCAAAACUGAAGAUUACUCCGGAGAAAGGAUUGAAAGAAGAUGAAUCAGAAAAUCUUCUGUCUCUUCUUCAGGAACAGGCUACUUCAAAUGCGCGGGAAGGAAGAGUGAUGAUUUUUAAUUUAGUGGAGGCUGCACAGGAGUUCCUUUCUCAAAUAGUCCCACCUGAGCGAGAACCUGAAUCUGCUAUGUGCUCAACUGUGGAUAGGACCAGCCAGUUGUUCCAGAAGGACUUCCCAGUUUCCGGUGAUAAUAACUGCACUUCUACAGGGCCGUUUGUUUACGGUUUCCUAGACCUCUUCGGUGGUUCCGGAGAGUCAUGGCAUUGGAUGCCCUUGGACGAUAAUAGAAUGAUGAAAUCAAUAAAAUCAUUUUCAUCUGAUUCUUCAAAAGUCAAAUCUGGUACACCAGCAGUAAAUGUAGACCCGAUUGAGCCAUCACCAGUCCAAGCCAAAAAGCAAGGCACAUUUCCUUCCCCUGUUGCUGAGAUGGAUAUUCUUGAUGAAGAGAGCGAAGAUGGCAAUAGUAGCACUUCCGAUACCGAUUCGAGUAGCUCGUUAACUGAUCAAUUUGUAGGGCAUGAAAUGAACAACAACAAUGAGGAUAGCUCUACCAAUGAGCAAAUAGCAGUAGACAACAACAAUGAUUUCGAGACUGAGGCCUGGAAAUCCCUUUCCUCCCCCUUAAGCGAUGAUUUAGCAUCUCAAGCUAUUGAAAAGGAACUUAUAAUGGUCCAUCUGCUUCGUCUUGCCUCCACAUCACAAGGAGCUCUUAUGGAUAUGUUCCCCAAUGUUAUAACCGAGCUCUGCAAUUUAGGUAUAUUAUCAGAGAGGGUACAAGAACUUGCUUCAAAACCAUCUUCAAUGUUCGCCACAACGUUUGAGCACGUGUUCCGGCAGAAAAUGGUUUCAUCUAGAGUACCUCAAUUUUGGAAGCCUCCCUCGGAUUUGGAAGGGCCUGCCACACCUAUGCCCAACUCUAGAUAUCUGAGUGACUUUGAAGAGCUGCGUCCCCUUGGUCAUGGUGGUUUUGGCCAUGUUGUAUUAUGUAAAAAUAAAUUGGAUGGGAGGCAGUAUGCAGUGAAGAAAAUUCGGCUCAAGGACAAAAAUUUACCAGUUGAUGAUAGAAUAUUGAGGGAAGUAGCCACACUUUCUCGUUUGCAGCAUCAGCAUGUUGUCCGCUAUUAUCAGGCAUGGUUUGAAACAGGACUGGUUGGUUCUAUUGACGAUAUCGGUUGGGGUUCAAGUACUGCAGCUAGCUCAACUUUCAGCCGACAGACGUCUAAUGUUGGGCAAGAUACUAAGCUUGAGUCAACUUACCUUUAUAUACAAAUGGAGUAUUGUCCAAGGACUCUUAAAGAGGUAUUCGAGUCAUACAACCAUUUUGACAAAGACUUAGCUUGGCAUUGGUUUCGGCAAAUCGUUGAGGGCUUGGCACACAUACACGGGCAAGGAAUAAUCCAUCGGGACUUGACUCCAAAUAAUAUAUUCUUUGAUGCUAGAAAUGAAAUAAAAAUUGGCGACUUUGGCCUCGCCAAAUUCCUCAUGUUGGAACAGGUGGAUCACGAGGCACCUUUGCCUAUGGAUCCUACAACUGGAGUGUCAGUUGAUGGCACUGGUCAAAUUGGAACAUACUUUUACACUGCACCUGAAAUUGAGCAAGGCUGGCCAAAGAUAAACGAGAAGGUGGACAUGUACAGUUUAGGGAUCGUCUUUUUUGAGCUUUGGCACCCUUUCGGAACAUCUAUGGAGAGACAUAUUGUGCUAUCUGAUUUGAAACAGAAGGGUGACUUUCCUCGUCCUUGGGUUACUCGAUUUCCGGAACAAUCAUCAUUAUUGAUGCGUUUAAUAUCGCCAAUUCCCUCUGACCGUCCAUCUGCCACAGACCUUCUAAAGCAUGCUUUCCCCCCGAGAAUGGAAUCCGAGUUAUUAGAUGGCUUGUUGCGUACUAUGCAAAGUUCCGAGGACAGAACUGUGUAUGAGAAGGUUGUGGGUUCCAUCUUCGAUGAUGAAAUGAUAAGCAUGAGAGGUAGUAACCAACAUGCUGGUACAUCGGGAAUAAGUAGUGAUACGUCAUCCAUCCAGUGUUUGGAUUCCGAGUUCCGUGAUUAUGUGGUUGAAGCUACAAGUGAACUUUUUAAGCGUCAUUGUGCAAAGCACUUUGAAAUUGCACCAGUACGUUUGCUUGAUGAUUUUCCAGAUCUUAACAGAAGAAGUGUGGUCAAGCUUUUGUCACAUGGAGGUGAUCUGCUUGGACUUUGUCACGAGCUGCGUUUUUCAUUUGUUAGAUGGCUCUGUGAAAGCCAGAAAUCUUCGUUCAAGAGGUAUGCAAUAUCAUAUGUCUACAGGAGAGCAAUUGGCCAUUCACCACCAAAUCGCCAUCUACAGGCUGAUUUUGACAUUGUUGGAGGUGCAUCAGCAUUGACCGAGACAGUGAUUAUCAAAGCGACGAUGGACAUUUUGGCUCGUUUUAAUCCCUCUGAUGGAUUGGAUAUUCAUUUGAAUCAUGGUGACUUGCUAAAUGCUAUCUGGUCAUGGGUUGGAAUCAAAACAGAUCAUAGGCAGAAAGUUGGGGAGCUUCUUUCCAUGAUGGCCUCCUUGCGUCCUCAAUCAUCUGAAAGGAAGUUGAAGUGGGUAGUGAUACGGCGUCAGCUAUUACAGGAGCUAAAUUUGCCAGUAGCUGUAGUGGACAGAUUGCAGACUGUAGGUUUGAGGUUUUGUGGUCCUGUGGAUCAGGCACUUCCUCGAUUGAGAGGAGCCUUGCCCGCUGAUAAAGCUACUCGGUCGGCCCUUGAUAAUUUGUUGGACCUCUGUAUUCAUUUGAGAGUUUGGAAUAUAGAAGAACAUGUUUACAUUGAUCCAUUAAUGCCCCCGACGGAGAAGUACCACAGGAACUUGUAUUUCCAGGUAUAUUUGAUGGCGGGCAACAAUCCUUUAUCGCUUGGUGAAGGUCUCUUACUUGCUGUUGGUGGUCGAUAUGAUUAUUUGCUUCGCCAAAUGUGGAGUCAUGGUUCUACGAGCAAUCCUCCGGGGGCUGUUGGGACUAGCAUUGCUUUAGAAACCAUAAUUCUGAACGCUUCUGGAGAUAUCAGGCCUAUAAGGAACGAAGCGAGCACAAGUGUUCUUGUAUGCUCGAGAGGGGGAGGAGGGUUGUUAGUGGAGCGGAUGAAGCUAGUUGCUAAAUUGUGGGAAAACAAUAUCAAGGCUGAGUUCGUCCCAACACCUGAUCCAAGCCUGACCGAGCAAUAUGAAUAUGCCAAUGAGCAUGACAUCAGAUGCCUUGUGAUCAUCUCUCAGACUGGCUUUGUGAAGGUUCGCCAUCUGGAGCUGAAGAAGGAGAAGGAAGUGAAAGAUGAUGCAUUGGUGAGGUUCUUGCUGGAUGCAAUGACAACCCAGUUCAGGAACCCUUCGGUUUGGAGCAAGGCCGACGAGACAACUACUUAG